UACCUCAAAAGCACAACAUUCUCCAAGCCAUCAGCUAUAUAGCUUAAAACCUCGAGCUCGAGAGAUCCAAAACCUUUCUCUUCAAAACAAAUACCAAAGCUUUAACCCUUCUCCCACUACAAGUCUACAAAAGAUGUCGAGCGCCAAUCCCCACAGAGACCUCGUGGAGUUCCCACUCGCUGGCGACGACGAUGACAUCCGAUCUCAGACCUAUCGUCGUCGGCUUGCCAUCAUGCACAUAGAUCUUGUCAUUAGGAAAGCUCAAGGUGCGUUCUCGGCAGCCAAUGAACCCAGGAGGGCCUAUGUGACCAUGUUGGCUGGAGACUAUGACGAGGCUUUGUUCGGUGUGGUUGGGUUGGCCAAGGGCUUGAAAAAAAGGAUGAGCAAGUACCCCCUGGUUGUGGUUGUCUUGCCGGAUGUGUCUGAAGAGUAUCGCAAGCUUCUGGCCUCCCAUGGCUGCACAGUGAAAGAGAUUGAGCCGGUGUUCAGGGCCUCAUAUGUCACAAAUUACUUUAAGCUUCGCAUUUGGGCGCUUGAGGAGUAUGACAAAAUGAUCUUCUUGGACGGAAACGUCCUAGUCUUUGAGAACAUUGACCACAUGUUCGACUACCCUGACUCCUACUUCUAUGCGGCACUGGACUGCUUCUGUGAGAACUCUUGGAGCCACAGUCCACAUCACAAGAUUGGGCACUGCCAGCAGUGGCCCAACAAGGUCCAGUGGGACCCCACAUUGGGCCCCAAACCUCCUCUUUACUUCAAUGCUAGCGUGUUUGUGUUUGAGCCCAGCUUGGUGACCUACAGUGACCUCAUCAAAACCCUCCAGACUUCUCGUACCACCGCUUUUGCAGAGCAGGAUCUUCUGAACGUGUUUUUCAAGGACAAGUUGGUGGCCUUGGCUCCACAUUACAACCUUAUGCUGCCCAUGCUCUGGCGUCACCCAGUGGCCGUUGAGCUUGACAGGGUCAAAGUUGUUAACUAUUGUGCUAAUGGGUCUAAGCCAUGGAGUUACACUGGGAAGGAAGAGAACAUGGAGAGGGAAGAUGUUAAGAUGCUGGUGAACAAAUGGUGGGAGAUAUACAGUGAUGACUCUUUGGACUGCAAGAAGACUGUGACUUCAGCUGAGGCCGAAAAGAGCACAGACCAAGUUAACGUGGAGCCACCCGAAGCGGCAUUUUCCGAGACUGGCGCUGUCGAAUUCAUCUCCGCCCCAUCUGCUGCUUGAUUAUUAGGGCCUCAUGGAGGCACUGUUGUAAAAUAUAUGUUUGAAGUGUGUGGACGUUCUGGUUUUCCGUUUGAUUUCAAUAAUUAAGAUUGCUUUUGUUUCAUCAAACCAGUGGACAGCGUUUUGUUGGCAUCUUGUAUUUAUCAUAUAUCAAUGGCAAUUAUUUCAUCUUG